AUGCUCAAACAAAUCGCAUCGGCAAAGAAGAUUGUUAUCGUUGGUGGAGGCGCAACAGGCGUAGAAUUUGCGGGCGAAGUUGCUGAGCAUCGCAACGGCAAGCCAGGAUGGUUUAGCAAGGUGCAGCCAAAAGUUGACGUUACCCUGAUCACAUCGGACAAGCAGCUUCUCCCCGGUCUCCGGCCUGCAAUCGCCAAAGUUGCAGAGCAGAAACUCAAAGCGCUCGGGGUGGAGAUCGUCUACAACACGCGAGUGGUCGAUUCAACGCAGACAAAAGAUGGUCGCACGGCGCUGACCCUCAAGGACGGUGGCAAGCUUGAAGCAGACCUCUACGUUCCCGCUUACGGCGUUCAACCAAACUCGUCGUGGCUGCCAGAUCAAUUGCUCAAUGAAAAGGGCUACCUCGUAACGAACGAUUCCACCCUUCGCGUCGACAUCGCAGGCCCCCGCGUCUACGGCUUCGGCGACAUCGCGUCAUAUUCGCGCAACAACUACUGGGACAUUAACCUGGCUCUACCUACCCUAGUCACCAACAUCAAGCGCGACCUGCUCUCUUACAACCCCAUGCUUCCAGAGGCGAAACCCAAGGGCAAGGACAGAGUGUACACGGCUAACACGACGGAGUCUAUGGUUGUCCCCAUCGGUAGCGGAGGCGGUGUUGGUGCCGUUUUUGGAUGGAAGGUACCUUCAUUCUUCGUGUGGAUUUUGAAGGGGAGGGAUUACAUGUUGGGGAUGAGUGGGCUGCCGACGCUGAAUGGGGACAAGGUCAAGAAGGAGGUCAAGUGGACGAAGGAGGAGGCUGCGAUCUGA